AAACCAAACAAGGCAUUAUGCAAGGCAUAAGUGUUUGGGCGAGUCGAAGUGCGGGAUAUGGGGUUUCCAUUCAGCAGUCUUAAUUUAUUGUUGCAUAAUCUUUCAAACGAUUUCCAAAUAGAAUUAGUCCAGUUCAAUUGAGAAUACUUCGUACUCUCACCGGGUAAGGGAGGAAAAAAAAAAACAGCAUUUUUAAGGACCGUAGACCCGAAAGUGGGACCAUUAUGGGCCUGUUUUGGCCCUGUUUGUUGUAAUCGGGCCGGUAUCAAUCGUUUUGUUGGUUGCAAACUUGGACAGUCUAACCGGCGCUCUAGAGAGAGAGAGAGAGGCGGAGCAGCUCCACAAUGGCGACGUCGACGGCUAGUGGAAGCACGAGACGGGAGAACUCGGCCAAAGUUGUGGUGGCCGAUCAGAUAUCUCAAGCCGUUCAGUCCACUUCUAAUCUUCUUCACCUUAUGCAGCAAUCCACUCCUUCCCAUGCUCAACUAGUGAAGCUUCCCAAGAAUCUUUUAGCGAAAGUCCCGACUAUUCAGAACACUCGGCAAGUACUGGAGCAGAUGCCUCAAGUUGUAACCUCUCUCGACUCACACGUAGAGAAUGGUUUGCAAAGUGUUCCUCAUUUGAAAACUGUAGCCCAGUUGCUAACGAACAUGGAGAGCAACCAGCUCAGUUCUCUGUCCCAGGUCGGAGUCUCUAGGGAGGCAUCUAGUUGAUCCUCUCCUCUGAAGCUUCCGCAAAUCGAAUUUUUUACAGUUGAAGUGGAUCGAGGAAAUUGAACUCCAUCAGUGGGUCAAGAGAGCCGAACUAAACAGCUGCUGUGCGGAAAGCCUCUUGAGAGCCGGAAUCCCGCAAGUUCUUUUCCCUUCGUGCUCGGAUGAGUUUCUCUGUAAAUUUGUAUGGAGCCUGAAAUGUAUAGCACUGUAAUUCAUUACAUUACCCUACCAACUGUGCUGUUUCAUUUGGAAUGAAUAAUAACCGUUACGCAGUAUACUCAGCAUUUCUCCUUCGUAUCAAAA